AUGGGUUUAGAAUGGGAGUGUGAGAUCUUCGAGAUAGUUGGCGAUGAAGUGGAUGAAAAGGGGAACAACCGCACAGAGGAAGUGGAACUAUGGAAAAGAGACCCAGUUGCAUGUGUUCGCAAGCUCAUCGGUGACCCUCGGUUUAUAAAUUGCAUAUGCUAUGCACCAGAACGCAUUUACAAGGAUUCAAAUGGUACCUCACGAGUAUACAGCAAGAUGGCAACGGCAGAUUGGUGGUGGGAAAUACAGAAACUCUUACCUCAGGGUGUUACAAUUGCACCAAUAAUACUGGCCUCUGAUAAGACCCAGCUUUCCCGCUUCAGUGGCAACAAGCAGGCCUGGCCUGUAUACCUGACAAUCGGCAAUAUCAACAAAGAUACGAGACGAAAACCAUCAGAACAUGCGACCAUGUUGAUAGGCUAUCUCCCUGUCAGCAAGCUUGAGUGCUUCUCCAAAAAACAACGAGCUAUCGAAUCAUACCAGCUGUUCCAUACAUGCAUGCGAUCACUACUCGAACCCUUAGUCAAAGCUGGAAAGGAUGGUGUCGAGAUGCUGUGCACUGAUGGCAAGACCCAACUCGUCUAUCCACUUCUGGCUGUGUAUGUCGCCGACUAUCCAGAGCAAUGCCUCGUAGGUUGCUGCAUGGAGAAUCAAUGUCCAAAGUGCACAUCACCUGCGAAGAAAAUGGGCGAUCCUGUCUGCUCAGUAAUGCGUGAUCCAGAGAGCGUUAUCCAAAGCCUGAAAGACGCAUCUGCAGGGUUGAAGUCACAAGAAUAUGCCGACUGGGGACUUCGACCUGUGAAUCCCUUCUGGAUAGACUUACCACACUGCAAUAUAUUUGAAUGUUUCACCCCAGAUAUCCUCCACCAGCUGCAUAAGGGUGUAUUCAAGGACCAUCUCAUAAAAUGGACAACGUCUACAAUCAAUGUGGAGGAUGGAAGAAAGCCGGAGGAUGAGAUUGAUGGUCGAUUCAAAGCCAUGACGCGACAUCCAAGUCUUCGGCAUUUCAAAAAGGGUAUAUCAUUAGUGACACAGUGGACUGGGAACGAGUACAAGAAUAUGGAAAAGAUCUUUCUGUCUGUCAUUGCAGGAUCAGCAUCCUGGGAGGUCACAGUCUGCGUCCGUGCAGUUCUAGACUUCAUUUACUAUGCCCACUUUGAAGAGCAUACAGAUAAGAGUCUGGACAAGCUUGAAGAAGCAUGGCGUACCUUCCAUCGACACAAAAAUAUCUUUAUUGAUCUCAACGCUCGCAACGACUUUAAUAUCCUGAAAGUCCAUUCCACUAUGCAUUAUGCAGCAAUGAUACGGUCUCGAGGAACGGCAGAUGGAUUCAAUACAGAGGCGUCGGAGCAGUUGCAUAUCGAUUACGCAAAGGUUGCAUAUAAUGCAUCCAACAAGAAGGGAUACAUUAGGCAGAUGACGAAGUGGCUGAUGCGAAGAGAGGCUGUGGAGAGAUUUCAGAGAUUUCUCCAGUGGGCAAUUGACAACUACGCUGAGCCAGAAGAAGACAAGGAAGAUGAGGAUGAGGAUGAGGAUGAGGAUGAUGAUGACGAGGAAUCCAGCACAUCCAAACCAUCUUCAGAGUAUGGUGAAUGCCAGUAUUCCAUUGCAAAGUCUCCAUCAUACACCAAUGUUGAUAUUCUCUCUCUCGAAAAACAGUUUGGCACCACAAAAUUUGUAUAUGCACUGGAAGCUUUUCUUCGAUGGCAUUUUGGUAAAGUACCACCGGAUUUUUGGACGUCAGAGCCAGCGACAUAUAGCGUAUACAAACACUUCCAUAUCUUCAUCCCACCGACUCCCGAGGUCUCAAAAUCAAUUACUAUGGACUCUGUUCGUGCGACGCUGCCACAACCUGCUCGGGGAUACAAGAAGGAAACACCGGCUGCGUUCGACACAGUUCUUGCAUGGAAAGAACUGCCUGAAGAGGGGGUGGAUCUACAUACACUUGGGCCCCAAGGACUACAUGUUGCACAAGUCCAGGCUAUAUUCUCCCUUCCAGACCGUUUUGGUACCUUUCCACACCCUCUUGCCUACGUAGAAUGGUUUACUCCUCUCCGGAAGCUCAACGACCAUACAGGCAUGUUCAAGGUUAGCCGAUCAACAGCAAACCAGCAGCAGAAGUCAUCUAUAAUUCCUAUCACCUACAUUUUGUGGAGUUGUCAUUUGACACCAUGUUCAGGGCGGAAAAUGGAUCCUACAUGGACAAGUGAGAACGUAUUGGACAGAAGUAAGACUUUCUUUGUGAAUUCAUAUCUUAGACACAUUGACUUUGUACUACUAUGA